AUGAUGCGCCACCCGCAGACAGGGGAGUUCCUGUGGGACGAGGAGCGCCAGGGCUACAUGCUGGCCGGGUUCUUCUACGGCUACGCCCUGGGGCAGCUGCCGGGCGGCAUCCUGGCAGAGAGGUUCGGCGGCAAGCUGGUGUUCGGUCUGGGCACCUUCCUCACCGGGGUCCUCACCAUCGUCAGCCCGUUCGCCGUCUGGCUGCAAGAGGACCUGUUUUUUGUUGUACGCCUGUUGGAAGGCCUUGCCGAGGGUGUGACUUUUCCAGCUAUCCAAUAUAUGAUCUCCAAGUGGUCGCCGCCGGAAGAGAGAAGUCGUUUCUCCAUGAUAUUUUCAGGCAGCUACCUCGGCUUGAGUAUUUGCCUGCCCGUGUCCGGCCUGUUGUGCGACUCUAACCUGGCCGGCGGCUGGCCGCUAGUCUUCUACGUGUUCGGCGCCAUCACCGUGCUGUGGUACGUGCCGUGGCUCCUGCUGGUCUACGACUCGCCCGCAGACCAUCCAUGGAUCUCGGAAGAGGAGCGCCGCUACAUCGAGGCCUCAGUCGGCGCGGACAAGCUGCAGGGCCAGCGGAAGAGGCCACCAGUGCCGUGGUGCUCCAUUUUCAAGUGCCCCGGAGUGUGGGCGUGCGCCAUGAUGCACGUGGGCAUCGGUUGGAACUUCUUCGGCCAGAUCACCUACCUGCCCACCUACAUGGCGGCCAUCCUCAGGUUCCCCAUCCGCAGCAACGCAGCUCUGUCGGCACUGCCUUACGUGGUCGGCGGAGUGGCGAGUGUGUUAUCCAGCAUCAUCCUGGACGUGAUCAUCAAGAGAGGCCUGGUGACGCCUCUCUCCGGCUACAAAAUCUUCAACGGCCUCACGGGCGCCGGAGCGGCGUUGACGCUGCUGCUGCUGCCUCGUGCCGGUUGCGACCGCAUGCUGGCCGUGGGGCUGCUGUCGCUGAACGGACUGUGCCUGGGCGCGCAGUAUGCCGGAAACGGCUCCAACCUGCUGGUGCUCGCACCUAACUUUUCCGGAUCGCUGUACGGCAUCUCCAACACAUUUGCCAACGUCGCUGGUAUCCUCGCGCCAUACGCCGUCGGCUACCUCACCAAUGGAAACCAAACGAGGGGUCAGUGGGACAUCAUGUUCCUCAUCUCUGCCGGCGUGGGCCUGGUCACGUUCCUGCUGUACUUGGUGCUGGCCACCGACAAGGAGCAGCCCUGGAACAGGCCUGGAGAAGAAGCGUGUCAUAUUCCAGAGACCCCAGAAUCCUAUAAGAAGUUCGACGAGGGCCACGUCAACGAUGCGUUUGAGAAAGAACACUCGGUGUACAUCUGAAAUGCAGCUGUUAGCUGUGUUGGAC